AUGAAUGAUGAAAUACAAGCUUUGAAGAAAAAUGAUACUUGGGAUCUUGUACCUCGUCCUCAGAAUCACAUCGUGGUUGGUUGUCGUUGGAUCUUUAAGACUAACCUUCAUGCUGAUGGUUCCAUUGAAUGCCAUAAGGCUCGCCUUGUGGCCAAGGUUUUCUCUCAAAUUCAUGGACUUGAUUUUGAAGAUACGUCCAGUCCUGUGGUGCGCCCUGCUAGGGCUGUAAUCAAGCCGAGCCGAGCUGAGCCAGUUUUUGACUUGUCAACCCUAUGCCCUGCUACUGUUCGGAUUAUUCUAUCCAUUGCAGUCACUUCUGGAUGGCCCUUACAUCAAUUAGAUGUGAAGAACGCUUUUAUCCAUGGUCAUAUUUUUGAAGAAGUAUACAUGGAUCAACCACCUGGCUACACUGAUCCACAAUUUCCUCAACAUGCUGACUCUUCUCUGUUUAUCCAUCACAUCACAUCAGGCACGGUUUAUCUCUUGUUAUAUGUCGAUGACAUGGUUCUGACUGGCAACAAUCCCGCUUUGACCAAGACUCUUAUUACACGAUUGUCCACCGAAUUUGCUAUGAAGGACUUGGGUUCUCUCCAUUAUUUCCUUGGUGUCAAAGUUCAACCUAAUUCUCAUGGCCUAUUUCUAAGCCAAACCAAGUAUGCUCUUGAUAUACUACAGCGUGCUAACAUGGUUGAGGCCAAACCCAUUACCACUCCCUUUGAAGUUGGUCAUCAUCUCACUAUCGAAGGGAAGCUCUUCUCGGAUCACACUCUUUUCCGGUCUCUUGCUGGAGUGCUACAGUAUUUGAAAAUUACUCGGCUUGAUCUCUCAUUCAGUGUCAAUUCCAUUGCCAGCACGGGCCAUCAUGGUCUUCAACUCCACCGCACCUCCUCCCAUGAGUUGCUUGCUUAUUCUGAUGCUGAUUGGGCGGGUUGUCCUGAUACACGUCGGUCUACCACCGGCUAUGUUAUCUUCUUAGGUGCUAAUCUUGUUUCUUGGUGCUCCAAGAAACAAUCCAUUGUUUCUCGCUUCAGUGCCGAAGCUGAGUAUAGAUCCUUAGUCUUUGCUACCGCUGAAGUUGCUUGGAUUGUUCAGCUACUCCGUGAUCUACGUCUUCAACUGCCUUUCCCUCCAAAAAUAUUAUGCGACAACAAGAGUGCUAUUUUUAUGGCAGUCAAUCCUGUCACUUGA